AUGAUCCUGGCGGGGUUAGCCCUCCUCAUCAUGUCAUUAUGGCUGUACUUCGACACACAAGAGUACGUUCAGGCCGUGAGGGACAUGGACCAGUACAUGAAGGGGAUCUACAUCUUCAUGGUUGUUGGAUCCAUAAUGGUCGUCGUCGGCUUCCUUGGAUGCUGCGGAGCCCUCCGGGAAUCUCAAUUCUUGCUUACCGCCUUUUUCAUCCUCCUGUUGGUGAUCUUUGUGGCACAAGUGACGGGAGCUGUAUAUGCAUACUACAAUGGAGAAGAGCUAGACAAGGUGAUCCGCGGCAGCAUGAAUAAUCUUGUUGUCAAGGAAUAUACAGGCAAGGAUGAUGAUGUCAGGACCAAGCUCAUGGACACCCUUCAGAGUGAUCUGCACUGCUGUGGUGCCAGGUCCCCACAAGACUGGUCUGGGAGCAUCUUCAAUGGCAAGGACAGACCUGAGCUGGGUGCAAUUUCUGGGACCCUUGGGGCAUUGGGUAUCUACAAUGUCCCACGUUCCUGCUGUCGGGAUUCGAGUUCCCUGGACUGUGAGAGUGCCCGCAAGUUUGGCCCUCAGACCCUUGUCCAGAGUCAGGAUGCCAUCUACCAGGAUGGUUGCACUCAGAGGCUGAUAGAGUUCCUCUUGGGCCACAUGCCAGUUACCCUGGGUGUUGGGAUCACAGUUCUUGUCAUUGAAAUCCUUGGCAUGAUCUUCUCCAUGAUCCUCUGCUGUGCCAUUCGCAAGAUCGAUGACUUCAAAGCCUGAAAGUGCAAAAAUGUAUCAUCUGAGGAAGAUUUUUGUGACUGAUGCAACAGCACUCUGUACACUUAUUUCGACAGAAGAUAAAUUUUUUUCUUGCAUGUUGUCACCAACCUGACUUGUUUCCCAGGCAUGUCUGGGGUCAGGGCAGAGCUUCAAUGUAUGUGUUCAGCAAAUGCUUGCCAAUGUGUCAACUCUUCCAGGCUCUUUUUUUUGUUUCUGCUAUGCUCCAGGGUGCCAUUAACAAGAGAAAUGGCAAGGAGUUUUUCCAGUCACCAGGUGCUUUGAUCCCAUAUCCAAAGUAUCCAACCUGGUUUUCUCCAGCAAAGGAUUUUUCACUUUUCCACAGUACUUUUAUAAAUGCUUUUUUCAUGCCAGAGAUAAUGUAAAUAUCAAGCUGUGGAUUUGUGUAUGUAUGGCUCUGUGUGAGUGAAGAUGAUCAGGGGGAUCUCCCAGUGAAUCAAAGUUAUGUAUGCAAGAAAAGAAGAAUCAAGAUCUGCUCUUGCUCUCUGCAGGUGCCUCUCCUGGUUGUUUUUGUCCCUUUCAUCAAUCUCGUUGCUCUUGUCAUUGUCAAGUAUUUUAAUCUCUUUUUCAUGAUUUCACCUGAACUUGGCUUUUGUGCUCCAGGUUCUUCUCAAUCAACCCUCAUACCCAAGAUCUCUGUUAGCAAUUAUGUUUGGGACGUUAUCUCUGCUUGUGAAUUUUUUUUGUUUGAAGAUUUUUAGAGAGAAUCUCAUUCAGGCUUACAUCAGUUACAUGGCUAUUCUCAUUUUCCAUGACCUUUUCUUGAUACACCUUUUGUUACUUAUCUGCAAUGCUUUGUUUCCUAUUUUUGUAAAAUGGGGUGGAGGACUGAGAAAGAACCAGUUUGAUGCUGUCAUUAUUGGAGCUUAGUCAUGCUGUCGUGAAUCUCUCAUGGAGUACCUACUCCCAAUCAUAAUAAAAGCAUACUUCAGUGGUCAUCCA